AUGACAUUGUGUUGUGCGCACAGGAGACAUCUCCCUAACAGUUGGGUUGAGCUGGAAUCUCCCGAUGGUGAGAUCUACUACGCCAACGUCAAGACGAAAGAAACUUCUUGGGACCGACCUGAUUGUGAUGUGGAAGACAAGGAAAAUCAGCACGAGAAUGUCCUUAUGCCUAUCUCUAAGAUCGCAGCCGUCGCACAAGCCCCUCGUUCCACCUCCCCUGCUGCGAAGGCAGGUGGCAAGAGACUGGACGUGUCUCAGGUUUCUCUCUCGGUCGACUGGUCGACUGUGAGCGGAUGUUCUGCUGACUCUCGUGGCUCGCAGGGCUCCCGCUCCUUCCCGCGCUUCUCUCAGUGCCCUUUGCAAGGGAAGCAGCAGGAGAUGACGUGCGAGGAGAGCAUGAGCGUCUCCUUCGUGGCCAAGGAGAGCCAUGCUGUCUCCGACCUCGCGGCCCUCGCCGACAUGUCGGUCGCUCAUCUUUCUCCUCGGGAGGUUCAGCCCGAUGCUGGAGUUGGCAUCCUGCUGGAGCAGCUCGAAGAAGGAGCCGCAAGGUUGGACUUGGCGAUCAGGUGCUUGCAGUCAACGGUCAAUCUGUGGUCGGUCACGCUCUUUCGCGCUGCAAGCGUCGAAUCGCGAGCCGCUGCUCCCCAAAAGUCAGAGCAGAAGGACGAUCAUCAGGAUCAGCAGCGUGAGAGGAAAGAACAUGCCGAGCCCGCAGGACCCUCGAGGGAAGUGCUCAUGCUCCGACAGGCAGUCGAGGAGGAGAGGAGGAGGGUAGAAGAGCUCACAGCCAAGAUGCAAAGCAUGGCCCAACAGAACUUUCUGCUGGAGGAGAGGUGCUUGCGAGCUGAGGAGAAGCUGGAGGAGGCAGAGGGGAGGGUCGAGCGGCUCAAGGUAGACAUGUGCGAGCAAGUUGAGAACUCAUGGAGGAAGGAGAAGGAGAAGCUGAUGGAGUGGCACGCGGAGGUGAUGGAGCAGGAGCGGAGACUGCUGGAGGAGAAGAUCAGAGAGGUCAGAGAGCAGGAGAAGAGCCUCUACAACAGGUUCAAGGUUGAAGCCAUCGAGGCGCAUGAGAGGGUCGUCAGCGCCUCCUUCCAGGCAGAGCGAGAGGCGCACAGGAAGAUGAUAGAGCAGCUGCAGGAGGAGCUGGCGGAGGCUACCGAGAAGCUGCUUGCUCUGUCGUCGGCGCAGAAGCAGGAGGAGCGCUCCCCCUCAGCUCGCCCCGUUGAUCUCCAUCCUCCUCCCAGGACUCGCCCACCUCCUAGGAGUCUCUCGGACCGUGAGACAUCUCCUGCUCCCUCUGCUCCUUCCGCAGGCUCGCCCAAGUCCCGAGGGUCCGAAGACGUCUCCUCCGUCCUGCAGGUCCUCACGGACGAGGGCGCCAACCUCACCAGCCAACGAGAGGCCAUCCAUGCUCUCGGCAUCCUGGCGAUCGAGCCCGAGGGCAGACAUCUCAUCCUGCAGCAUCCCAAUAUCAUCGGGGCCCUGCACGCGCUGCUGCUGCUCCAGGACACGCAUGUGUCUCGCUACACGUCUCUAGCUCUUGGCAACAUCGCCAUGGACCCGCAGGGCAGGAAGGAGAUCUUCAAGCACGCUCAAGCUCUCCGAGACAUCUCCCUCCUGGUCUCCUCGGCAGACGCUGAGACUAGCAGAUACGCCACCAUGGCCAUCGGAAAUCUUGUGCUCGAAUCAGGAAAUCGACAUCUUGUCUUCAGCCAGGAUGGGCUCAUCGAGAAGCUGAUGAGUCGCCUGUCGUCCAAGGACAAGCAGACGAUCCGCUAUGCUGCUGGAGCACUGAGGAACAUCGCGGUGGAGCGGGAGGGCAGGCAGCACGUGCUCUCAUACCCCGGUUGUCUUGAGCAGCUGAACGACGAGGACGAGGACGAGGAUGAGGAUGAGGAUGAGGAUGAGGAUGAGGAGGAGGAGGAGGUCGAGCGGUGGGAACUGAAAAGGUCUACGGAUGCAAGCACUGCCCGAUAUGCUACAGCAUGUCUCAAGAACUUGAACCUCACGGGGUGA